UGCUGGAAUGAGUCAAGAAAGUUCAAUUGUGGAUCUAAUUGUGUGCCCCACUCCAUCUACUGCUGCUGGUGUUACCAUCACCAACACACCUCCUGUCACUAUUGGUGGAUCCAUGCUCACCUUCACUUGCAGUGGAGACAAUGAAGUGAUAAUCUCAACCUGUGGCAGUAGUGGGUGGUCUCCUGACCCUAAGACAUUUGAAUGCAGAACAGAUCCUCAAGUCACCUGCGGCUCUCCUGCCACACCAUCUAGAGGCAGUGUGGACGUCAGUGGUGAGACACCAUGCACCCUUUACACUAAGCUCACAAGUCAUAUAUCGCUGUGAUGAGGGACUGUUUCCCCUUGAUGUGAGGACCAGCACAUGCACUGAUGUGGGGGGUAGAGGAGAGUGGGGGGAGAAUCCUGGGAGCUUGGUGUGCAGGGAGAGGCGAGUUGAAAUGUAGCUGUUUAGAGGUAAUGUUUUUUAUUUCCUUCGAAAAAGCUCAUUUUGUAAUUUCUGGGACGUAUAAUUGUAGUAGCUUACAUAUACAUCGCCUUUGUUCCACAUUUCCCUAAGUACGUAUACAGUCAUUUUGUUACCUUCCAUAUAGUCAACUGCUCUCUUCCUCCUGAGCCCUGCAACGGUGCUAUAGUGCACUAUGAGAGGUUAAAUGAGACGAUGUUGGAGGGAACAGUGCUGACUUACCAGUGUGACAAUGGACUCUCACUGACUGGACCCAACACCAUCACUUGCACUAAUACUAGAGUCUGGAGCACUGAGCCUGAAACAAUCAAGUGUGUGCCUAGGACUGAAGUUUCUACUGUCGCUAUCAGUGUGGUCAUCACUUUCAUUGUCACUCUAGUCAUUGGAUUCCUCACUGGACUCCUAGUGAUGCAUGUUUUCUCUCGUAAGAAGGCAGUAUACUUCUCCGCAACUGAAGGACAAGCUAACGUAGGACCCACUGCACCAGCUGGUCCUGUUUAUGAGGAGGUACCAGUAUCACCCAAAGAGGAGAUUGAACUCAACACAAACCAGGCGUAUGGACCGUUAGGACUGUAAAACUCAUUCACUUCAAUAGCAAGUUAAUUGUGAUCAUUCUGCCAUUUCAUUUGUUUUAUAGGCCUAUAUAUAAUUGUAGACUCGCUAUAGUUCGUAUAUAUAACCUGGAGAUUGUCUCAAUUGCAUUCCCUAUAUAAUACAUCAGAGGAGGUUAUUUUUUGCUGUAAAACUUGCCAUUGUUAUAACGUGGUUUUUUUGACUUCCUCAAUCAGAAAGAAUAAAGUGGUGUGCUUCUUUUAAA